AUGGAGACAAUUACCUUCUCCAACGAAUCGCUCAUUACCGCGGCUACGGACCGCCAAGAAGUCGACCAAACCCCUUGGUACUAUGUGCUCGGAACAUGCGUACCACUUGCCAUUCUCGUCCUAUUCUGGAUGAGAGACCAUGGCACCAAGCUCCCGUAUCUCAACCCCAAGGGACGCUUCGAGUGGUCCACGGACAGGGUUGUUCGGGAGUUCGUGUUCAACUCCUACCGAAUGCUGUACCAGUCUGCGAAAGACUUCCUCGGCAAGCCUUUCCGCGUGCUGUGUGAUGUUGGAGAUGUCAUUAUCCUACCACCUGAUGUUGGCCAGGAGAUCCGAAAUGACAAGCGCUUCAGCUUCGUUCAAGGCCUGUUCGAGGACUUCCAAGGACAAUAUGCGGGCUUUGAGGCUUACAAGGAAGCCUGCCAUCCUUCCGAACGUAUUCAGAAUGUGGUCAAGCUGAGGCUGACCAAGACCCUUGAAUGGCAUGACACGGUGGCCAAACAUGUAAUCCUCAAGAUUGUGUCCAGAAUGUCAUCCCGAAUCUUUGUCGGAAAACGGCUAGGACGCAAUGAGAAAUGGCUCAGCACUAUUGUCGGGUAUGUCGAGCUCAGCGUUCACGCCAUGCAGAACCUCCGCUUCUGGCCCAAGUUCCUUCGAGGCAUCGUGGUGUACUUUCUCCCAGGACCCACGAAGCUGCGCGCGUACAUCAGAGACGCCGAGACGCAAGUCUUUGCGGAGAUCAAGCACCGUCAACAGGAAGGGGACUCCGUUGGGGAAUACAACGACGCCAUCGAAUGGUUCAAGGAGAUGGCCAAGGGGCAGAAGUUCAACCCAGCGGUCGCACAGUUGAUUCUGGCUGGCGUGGCAAUUCACACCACGGCGGACUUAGUCACCCAGACUCUCUACGAUAUUCUUCAGCACCCUGAGCUUAUCCAACCCCUCCGUGAAGAGGCAAUUCAAGUCAUUGGCGAAGGAGGAUGGAAGAAGACGUCGCUCUACAACAUGAAACUCAUGGACAGUGUUCUCAAGGAGAGUCAGCGGCUGAAGCCGAAUCAAAUUGUCGGAAUGGCCCGUCGCGCCACAGCAGACGUCCAGUUAUCCGAUGGAACGGUCAUCAGCCGCGGCAGCGCGACUGUCGUCUCAGCCGAGCGCAUGUGGGAUGACAAAAUUUACGAGAACCCGCACGUCUUCGAUGGCUAUCGAUUCUACCGCGAGCGCGGCGGCCCCAACGACGCAGUUAGCCAGUUUGUUAGCACCAGCGUGAACCACAUGGGUUUCGGUCAUGGCAUGCACUCCUGCCCAGGCCGGUUCUUUGCGGGGAAUGAAGCCAAGGUGCUGCUUGCUCAUAUGCUUCUCAAGUACGACAUGAAGUUUGUCAAGGGCGAGAAGCCGAAGUUUGCAGAGUUUGGGUUCACGCGCGAAUCAGACUCGGACGUCAAGAUUUCGGUCCGUCGACGCAAGGAGGAGAUUGAUCUCUCCGUCCGGGUUGAGGAGGAAUAG